GGCGGAUGGGGAGGAGCCUGAGUCUGUUACUGUUCCCGCGCCAGCUCAAUCUGGCGGGAAUCUCGGCAAGCCACAGGAGGCGCCGGAGCAGAAUAUCACUGUCAAUGCAAGCAGCGCGCCCGCCGCCGCCCUGACGUCUCCGAAUGAUGCGGAUGUGGUGUACGUGAUGUGCAAGUGGGACGGCUGCCGUGCCCUUGUCGACGCCACGAAGGACGCAGUCAAGGCGCAUCUCAAGGAGGCCCACCACGGGGCGAAGGGCGGCUGCAAGUGGGAGGGGUGCAUGCGCAGGCCGAUGAACAACCUCUGGCGGCAUGUGUUUGAAAUCCAUGCGCGCGUCGCGACGAAGGUGCAGUGCGACAAGUGCCCAGCGACGUUUACGCGGCCGGAGUCACUGCACAGGCAUCUCCACAACUUUCAUGCCUGCCGUACUGGGGCUGAUGGUCCUAACACACGGAUAUAUGAGGAUCGUACUUGGGCUGGGCCCUCAUGAGAUACAAGCCGAACUCGCUUUGCUAAUGUCUGCUUUUGGUAUUCCGUACGCUGUCGCUUGUUGAUCGAUUUGUUUGCAACUGCUUUGUAUCUGUCGUUCAAACGUUCACACCCUAGAGUCUACGAGCAAGUGUGGGCACAGUACCGCCCGAAUACACAUCGCAAUUCGUCUAUACGUCUGGUCGCCCGUAUGUCUGUAUUGUAUGCAUGUACAUACGUCUGUGCGUUUGUGUGUACGUACGUCUGUAUGUGGUACUCGUUACUACUAUUCACGGGUCAGUACAAAUUGAGAUGUGGCGGGCAAAUUGUUGAACGGGUGCUGACGCGGACGUCGAGGAGCAUCA